AUGGCCAAAAAAACCUAUGAUCUUCUAUUUAAAUUGAUGCUAAUCGGCGACUCUGGUGUUGGCAAAACAUGCAUUCUCUUCCGCUUUGUGGAUGACUCCUUCUCCUCGUCUUUUAUUUCUACAAUAGGGAUUGAUUUCAAAAUAAAAACAGUUGAAAUCGAUGGGAAGCGUAUUAAGCUACAGAUAUGGGACACCGCUGGCCAGGAGCGUUUCCAAACCAUCACUGCAUCCUACUAUCGUGGUGCGAUGGGCAUAAUGUUGGUCUAUUCGGUGACAUGUCGUAAAUCCUUUGAGAAUAUUUCAAAGUGGAUGUCAAACAUAACUAAUUUAGCGUCUGAAGAAGUUGAGAAAAUUAUCGUUGCUAAUAAGACUGACAAAGUUGAUCAGCGUCAAGUGUCUGUGGAGGAGGGUCUUGCUGUUGCUGAAAGAUACGAGGUCAAACAUUUUGAAACAAGUGCGAUGAAUGGAACAAAUGUUGAAGCAGCCUUCUUGGAACUCACUAGAUCUAUUUUGAGGAAAGUUCCUAGAGAUCAAGGAUCUGCGGCCCCGAUUACUCGUGUUCAUAAUCUCAACGCUAAGUCUCAGUCUUCCUCAUGCUGCUAA